GGCGGAGCGGGCGGCUGAGCGCGAGCUAGGCGGCGGCGCGGGGACAGCGGCGGCGGCGGCGGCAGCAGCGACUCCGGGUACCUACCACUCCCACAAGGACAGAAACUCUCAGGGACCACAGUCCUUGUUCGGGGAGCUCCUAGCUGUUCCACUGGUUUGUCCCUUCAGCCUGGAUUGGUGACACCCAACCACUAGAGAUAUUUCCAGGUUUGCUGGCAUGGGAAACUUGCUCAAGGUCCUGACCCGGGAAAUUGAGAAUUAUCCACACUUUUUCCUGGAUUUUGAAAAUGCCCAGCCAACAGAAGGAGAGCGAGAGAUAUGGAACCAGAUCAGUGCUGUCCUCCAGGAUUCUGAGAGCAUCCUCACAGACCUGCAGGCUUACAAAGGCGCGGGACCAGAGAUCCGAGAUGCAAUUCAAAAUCCCAAUGACAUUCAACUUCAAGAAAAGGCUUGGAAUGCAGUCUGCCCCCUGGUCGUGAGACUGAAACGGUUUUAUGAAUUUUCCAUCCGGCUUGAAAAAGCUCUUCAGAGUUUACUGGAAUCUCUGACGUGCCCACCCUACACACCAACCCAACACCUGGAGCGGGAGCAGGCCCUGGCCAAGGAAUUUGCAGAAAUCUUACAUUUUACCCUUCGAUUUGAUGAGCUGAAGAUGAGGAACCCAGCCAUUCAGAAUGACUUUAGUUACUACAGAAGAACAAUAAGUCGCAACCGCAUCAACAACAUGCAUCUAGACAUUGAGAAUGAAGUGAAUAACGAGAUGGCCAACCGAAUGUCCCUCUUCUAUGCAGAAGCCACGCCAAUGCUGAAGACUCUUAGCAAUGCCACAAUGCACUUUGUCUCGGAAAAUAAAACCCUGCCCAUAGAGAAUACCACAGACUGCCUCAGUACCAUGACAAGCGUCUGCAAGGUCAUGCUGGAGACACCGGAGUAUAGGAGCAGGUUCACAAGUGAGGAGACACUCAUGUUCUGCAUGAGGGUGAUGGUGGGCGUCAUCAUCCUCUAUGACCACGUGCACCCCGUGGGAGCCUUCUGCAAGACAUCCAAGAUUGAUAUGAAAGGUUGUAUAAAGGUGUUGAAGGAACAGGCCCCAGACAGUGUGGAAGGGCUGCUGAAUGCUCUCAGGUUCACUACAAAGCACUUGAAUGAUGAAUCAACUUCCAAACAGAUUCGGGCGAUGCUUCAGUAGAGCCCCGUUUGCAGAAGAGGAUCUGUGUGCUGACCUCAGAAGAUGUAUAUGUUUACAUAAUUUAAUACAGAUUGAUGUUAAUACUUGUGUAUUUACGUAACCACUUCCUUCUUGUCACUGAAAUAUAUGGACCUUAAUUCGUAUCCUGACUGACUCAACCCAGCAGAGCAUAAAUUGACAUGAGAGCCUUAUCUUUGAUGUCUGAAACCGGAAUCCUUUCUCCCUCCGAGGGCCAAAUUUGGGAUCUUCAAUCCUGGCUGCUGGAGCCUUGCAAUGACACCUGUAACAAUCCAAAAUUCUUAAUAGUUUGUGGAAUUGUUCUAAUUCUAGGCGUGUUAUCUCUCUGGGAGUAUAGUUUAUAGAAACACAAAGUACUUGAUUUCCUGUGUUAGCUCAGAUACAAGAAACGCACAUAACCUUUGCCCUGACAGAAAGAGAGACAGAGAGAAGAAUCCAAGAUAAGAAAAAUGCAUGUGUAGAGUACAGCACAAGUGUUCUGAGUUCAGCACGCCCACCCCCUCCGCCGGCAAACCCCGCGUGCAGCUUUUCUGUAUGCACGUGUUUUAUUAAUCCAAAUCUUCUCCUUCUGCCUCAACUUGUGUCCCUCCCAUUCCCUUUUGGUUUUUGCGAGAGGAAAAUUGCCUGUGCUUUAAUUCACUAACGAGGAGGCAAUGGGGUAGAUAGAGGGGCUCUUGCAGGACGAUUGAGGAAAAGUUGCUAUCGUAAAGAGUGUUUGAGAGAGAGAGUUGGGAUAAGGACAGUCAUAUCUGUGUCAACCCUCUGCCUGCGGGGACAGAUAAAUGGCACUCUGGUUGUAAACAAGACUACUCACUUCCCAGGAGCCUGCAGGGUUCUAGGUACACCUCCCCUCUUAAUAAGGGAGCCCCCUUCUCUGUCAAAAUGGACUGUUCAUGUCAGAACUGAGAACUAAGGCACUUUGUUAUUUACCGGAAAACUGGAGGAAUUUUGAGAGAAAAACAGUUUUUUGAUUGACUGGUGUCAGCCUCCACUGGUUUGAGGACUUUGGCAGAGUCACCUUUAGUCUCACCUUCCUCGUGUAUGAAAUAGGCAGUCUUGGGGCUGGACAGAUGGCUCAGUGGUUAUGAAUGUUUGUUGCUGUUGCAGAGGAUCUGGGUUCAGUUCCCAAUGCCCACAUGGUGGCUCACAACCAUCCUUUACUCCAGUUCCAGGGCAUCUAAUACCCUCUAUGGGCACCACCCUUACACAUAGUGCACUUCUAUACAUGCAGGAAAAACAUACACAUAAAAUAAAAUAAAUGAAGUUUUUAAAAAUCUAAAAUAGAUAGUUGCUGAGAGUCCUGGAAGACUAGUAGGAGCCACUCCACCAACCUUCCUUCAUGUAUAAUUUUCAGUGAGUAUCCUUAUUGUUAUUAAUAUCACCAGGCCUGCAGUCAUUCUGCCUAUAGGCCAGAGCUGAGUUAGGGUGGAAUCUUGGAAACAUAUUCUGGCCUCUAAUAGAAAGAUGUGGGCACACAAGAUGACUCCUACAUAGGACUAGAUCCUGAGUGUUUCCCAUCUGAAUCUAUACUCUUCCUUCUUCACCAUGUGGCCUAUGAAUAUAUAUUGUGGAGUGUAUGGACCCUUGUAGAGAAAGCUUGAGGCUAGCCUGUGUUAUUACUUGCAUAUCUUCACUGGAAGGAGAGAAUUUUCCAGACAUCUGAUGAAUGAUAAUCCUAGGAGUCAGGUCUAGGGUGAUCAGGAUAUAGUAUUAUUUGGUUUGCAACAUUCCAAGAGAAGAGCUGUGAAAUACCAAUACUUCCAGACUAGUGGCCAUUCAACAUUCCAUUGAGCACCCCAAGAAAGGGGACACUUGGUUUGUUUCAACAAAGAAAUGCAAACAAAUUGGAAAACUGGUUCCCUGAUUUAUAUGUCAGUGUAGUCAGCAGAGAAAUGGUAGAACCGGUUCCCCAGCCUAUGUGUCAGUGUAGUCAGUCAAUGGAGAGGUGAAAGCCUUGUCCCUCGGUGCUUUACCAGCAGAGUAAGUACAGUCACUUGACUGAUGUGCGUGUUCUCGCUGCAACAGAAUCAUGGUAGAUGGCUUCUGUGACCUUGUCAAACCUAGGAAUGCCAAGAUUCAGAAAAUGCAAUCAUGUGGGGUGAGACGUUCUCCAAUGGUCAGCUUUAGGGUAUGCUAUUUGGCAACCAUAGGCAGUGCUCAGUUGGACAACUCUCAAGCCUAUGAGGGCAGAGAUGCACAAUACUGAUGAGCAUGUGUUCAUUUGACCUUUCUUCAAAAGAGGAGAUUAAGAUUUCAAAGAACAAAGGACUGCCCAAUUUCUCUUGGGCUCGUAGACACAGACCUGAGCCAUGAACCCAAGCCACGUAUCUACACCAUAGCUGCCUCUCAGCUGGCUACAUAAGAAAACAUUAGGGGUUGUCUGUCAUAUUACACACACACACACACACACACACACACACACACACAGAGUUGAGGACAUUUGUAACUUUUAGUUAGACUUUCUAUUCAAUGGGACCAAAUGUGUGUAUGGGUGCUGUCAGCCUAGCCAGUCCAUUGUCUCCAAGGUGAGACUCAGUGGGACUUGAAUUUUGAGAAGCCUAGGGUCUGAAUAGUUGCCUCAGGUCACCAAGAGGACAGGCUGAUCUGUGUCUGUGAUCACUAACAGGGAGUGGGCCCUCAGUCUGCUCCUAAACUUUUGUGGGAGACCAAUUCUCUUAACAGACUGUCCAAUAGGCAUUGGGAAUCCUUAAAUAAUUUGGUUUUUCUUCCUUUUUCUGUGCUGCAUGCAGAUGUAUUCAGCACUCAUGGGUAGUUUGGGGGAAAACACUAGGGACAAUGUCAAUGUUGAUAAUACUUCAUAAUUAAUGUCUCAUAGUUUUAAAAUAAAGUGUUUUAUAUGACUCAGAUACUUAAUUUGAGGCAAGAAGGAAGAUAAAAAUGACGUUUCCCAGACAUGUUGCUACUUUUGGCAUGGUAACUUCUCUCAUGUUCACCUAGGCAUUCAUAGCAAAAGCUUUGUGAAAAUGGACAUUUUUAUUUGUAAUAAAUAGAGCCAGAAUAUUAGAGCCACAGUAGAACCAGAAUAUCAGCUAAAGACCAUGAAGAAGGUCUUGGGUGUAUUUUAAUACUUAAUGUCUUCCUCAUCAACAUAAACAUACAUUCUUAGUUAUCACAGUCAUGUCAAACAUGAAUGGAAAGCCUAAGUUUUCAAGACAUCAUCACAAUUAAGUCAAAAUAUUUCAUGCUUCUUCAAGAGCAAGAUGAAACAUACCCAAUCUAAGGAUCCAGUUGUGCAGUAGAAUUCAAACUUCUCACUCAAUUUUAUAUAGUAGGCAUCUCUCAACUGUUGUAGAAAUUAAUAACUAACAUUGGGAUUUUUGUCUUCACCAGCCCCAACCUUCAGAACUAAGUCCAUUGUCACAGUACACCUGUAAGGAUGGUUGCACAUUAGAAGGGGCUUUGAAGCUGUCAUAUGUUGUUUGCCGAAGUCAUUGUAAUUUUUUGGUUUUUUGCCUGCAUUGCCUCUUUUUGUACAGAACUUUUGAGUGUGAAAUGAAAAUUAAAGUUUGGUACAUACAUAA